GGGAACAGUUGUAGUAAGUAGGGAGCUAUUCGGGAUGAAGUUUGGGACCCGAGACGGAUGUGAGUUAAUCCGAAAAGUUACUGAAGGAGCUGCAUUGAGGCAUCGAAGAACGCCGAUUUGUCGGGAUAAUUCAUCAGUUUCUGAGACUGCGAACUGCCUUCAAAGCUGAUAUUAAGAUUUUUUUCCCGUAAUAGGCGUUUUAAUAAGGUAUUUAAGGUAUUCGAACUUGUAAACUAACGUAAGUGAAGUUAAUUAAACGUUGUGCUUCACCUCACGCGCCUAACUUCGGACCUCACGCGGCGUUGAAGACUUGCAUUAAGUGGGCCAUAUUUUCUCCAGUGUAUUGUACAUUAAGUUGUUCAGAGCAGCAGUAUAUAAUCUUGUAUAAGAGUGCAGGCGAGAUGGAGCUCUCUUUAGUAGUGCUGUUCUGUUUUUCCCAACUAGCUCCAGUUUUGGGCUCAGCUUUUGGCAGGGAGAUGCCAGCCUCUACGAUGGAUGAUGCCCACGAUUAUGACAACCCAUUUCAUUAUGACUACGAGUCGGUGCGGAUUGGCGGUUUGGUCUUCGCUGCUGUGCUCUUCUUCUUGGGGAUCUUUAUUGUUAUCAGCCGAAAAUGCCGUUGCAGAGGAAGCCAGGCUUCUUAAAGCUAGGGGGAUUUAAUCCAGAAGCAUCAUGAGGAAGAAGGGGAGAAACUUUUAUUUUCAAUACUGAUUCUGCAAUUGCUGUUGUAGGAAGAAGAAUCUGAAUAAAACAGCAAGGCCUUAAACAAACUGCCAAUCAAUGUUUUGUAUUUCAACAUACUUCAUCAUUAAUAGAAAACCACCACUGUCUACUGUCUCUCAGCAACUUAGCUCAAUGUACAUUCCAAAGAUUCAACUCCAAUAAAAGUUUUCGUAAGAUA